CCUUCUGUUAUCGCGCUAUCGGCGACGCCCGCCCUCAUCCAACCCACCACCACCUUCACUCAGCCAUCGAGGAGCCACUGGAUCAUUGAAACUGCGCCAUCACUCACUUUUCACUGCUCGACGGUUGGUUUGGAUUUCACCUUUCUCAGUAUCGAGCGAUUCGAGCUUUACUGGAGGGCUCGUAGCGAUGAUCCGCCCACGCAACAGCAGCAGCACACAGUAGUAGUAUACCUAUCACGACACACACUGCAUCGAACGAUACCCCAAAACCCCCGCCACCACCAUGGACGAACAUAACCCCAUGAUGACGCUUCAGGCGGAGCUCGCUCGUUUCCGCAAAGCGACACUCAACUCGGCCGUCAGGGACGCGGACAAGCUUCUCGACCUGCUCGUUCAGGCGAGAGAGCAGAUCGCCAAUGCGUCCGACCCGCACCGCGCGAGCUUGACCAUGACCAAACUCCAGAAUCCCGUCAACGCAGGCUUCGAGGCAAUUAACAAUGACUUGAAGGACGUCUCAAAAGCACAAAAGACCUUUGGCAAGGCCCUCGACAAGUCUUUCCCUCAGCGGCCCCUUUCGACAGAUUACGAUGCUAUGGCCGCCUAUCCCUCGCUGAUCAACCGUGCCGUCGCCAUGCACAUGCUGCGCGAGGGCCAGUUCAGCGUGGCCUCAACCUUUCUCCGCGAAGCCCACGAGCGGCCUCCCCCUUCGUCCCCGAAUCACGCGGCACUCGACGCCGAUAUACACUCGCUUCAGUCUCAGGAGCUCCAGGACAAGUUCGCAAACAUGUACGGGAUCUUGCACGAGCUCAAGAAUAGGAACCUUGUACCGGCGAUCGAGUGGGCGCGACUCAACGGCGACGAACUCGAAGCCCGCGGCUCCAACCUCGAGUUUGAGCUCAGCAAGCUGCAGUUCGUUUGGCUUUUCAAAGGACCCGAAGUUAACGACCUUCCAGACAAUGCCUGCAACGGCCGCACAGGAGCUCUCGCCUACGCCCAGACCAGCUUCGGCCGCUUCCAAGCUCGCCACCUCAAGGAAAUCCAGCAGCUAUCGUGCGCCAUGGUGUACGCGUCCAACAUCGCCCAGUCACCCUACGCCAACGUCUUCGACACCUCGGCCGCCUUCGACGACGUCGCUCUCUCCUUCACGCGCGAGUUCUGCUCCCUGCUCGGCCUGUCCGCUGAGUCGCCCCUCUACGUCGCCGCCACGGCCGGCGCCAUCGCCCUGCCGCAGCUCAUCAAGUAUACCACCUACAUGAAGGCCAAGCGCACUGAGUGGACGACGGAAAACGAGCUCGCCUUUGAGACACCCCUUCCCCGCAGCAUGAUCUACCACCCCAUCUUUGUCUGCCCCGUAAGCAAGGAGCAGACAACGGAGCAAAACCCGCCCAUGAUGCUGCCAUGCGGUCACGUCAUCUGCAAGGAAUCACUGCAGCGCCUGACCAAGGGGUCUCGCUUCAAGUGUCCGUACUGCCCGAAUGAGGGCCAUAUCAAAGACGCUCGGGAGAUCAAGUUGUAGGACCAGUUCAGGUUCUUGGAGCCGGGGCAGGACGAAGAUCUCGACGAUAAAGACGCAUCGUGGAGCAACUUGCCUCACGUCAUACGACAGGCUGUGGGGAGUACGCCUAUGGGGUAUGAGCAUCCUUCUUCCCUGAGUAUGUGUGCGUUUGCGUAUGGAGUCAUUACAGAGGCGUUUUCAUGGGAAAUGGAUUUCAUGGGCUUGGAGUUCUCUUUAUGUUUGUGGCGGCAAGGCAGGUACUUCUUCUAUUUCCCUCUUGGGCGAGGCAUCGGUUUAGUUCAAGGAUUGGCAGCGAAUCUGGCCGUGGUUUAGUAUAGCGAUUGGAACAAAAAUUACAUAAUUUCAGCUCUG